UAGACAAUUCUCAGUUGUACCACCCUUCAACUUUUUCAAAAGCUUGUUCUUCAAAGUUCAAACUCUCUUACCCUUCAAACAAUGAACAAAAAAACAAGCCCCUUCACUCUACCAGAAUCACCCCACCACCAAUGCUUUUCGUUCUUCUCCUCACCGCCGCCGCCGCCAUCCUCACGGCGGCGUACUCCCAACCCACCACCACCGCCACCUACCCCAACUGCCACCGCACCUUCUCGUGCGGCGCCAUCACCAACGCCACCUACCCCUUCACCGGCGGUGACCGCCCCUCCCACUGCGGCAUCCCCGGCUUCUCCCUCACCUGCCGCGACAACACCACCGCCGAGUUCACUCACAACUCACUCACGUACCGAGUUCUCCAACUCAACCAAACUCAGAAAUCCCUAACCCUUUCCCGUACCGAUCUCUACAACAACACCUGCCCUUCCGAUUUCCGCCCCACCGCCGCCCUCGACAACACCCUCUUCACCUACGCCGCCCCACAGAACGAAGCCCUAACCCUAUUCUACGGCUGCAACACGGCGGACAUGAGAAUCGAGCCGCACAAUCUCUUCGCCUGCAAUUCGACCGGUUUGAAUUUCACCGACGCGUAUUACUUAAUCGGGCCGGUUCCCAGCGACCCGAUUUUGAGGAUCAUAUACUGUAGCGCGAAUAUCACCGUCCCCGUUUUGAGGUCCGCCGGAGAUUUGCUGGCGGCGUCGCGGCUGAGUCUCCGGGAGGCGUUAAUGGAGGGUUUCGCUGUGAAUUACACCGUCCCGCACGAGAGAUUGUGCUCCGAGUGCAGUAGAUUGGGUGGGCAAUGCGGGUUCGAUUCGGGUUUGGGUCGACCCGCUUGUAUUUGCGGCGAUAGGCCUUGUACUUUCACUAUAACGUUACCACCGGAAGGUAGCCCGAUUGCUCCGGCGCCUUUCGAAGAAACUGGCCGCAGAAACCCAACAAAAGUCAUUGCCCUUUCCGUAACUGGAGCAGUUCUUGCCGGUGUUUUCUUCGGAUGGUUUGUUUUCUACUGUAUACAACGAAGCAAAAAAAACGUCGAUUCGAAAUCCGCAAUCAUUUUGAGCAAGGAAAUGAAAAAGGCUCCGUCGAGCAAAGGGUUAUUGGCCCCCCCUUCACCGAAUUUUACGAAUAGCAUACCUUCGUAUCCAUCUUCUUCAGUAUCGGAUCUUGGUAGGGGAAGUUCUUAUUUCGGUGCGCAGCUAUUCAAUUACACGGAACUCGAAGAAGCUACUAACAACUUCGAUCCUUCUCGAGAACUUGGAGAUGGUGGAUUCGGUACCGUUUAUUAUGGGGUGCUGCCAGAUGGCCGUGAAAUCGCCGUAAAGCGGUUAUACGAGAACAACUUCAAGCGCGUGGAGCAAUUCAUGAACGAAGUCGAGAUACUAACUCGCUUACGCCACCAAAACCUAGUCAAACUCUACGGCUGCACUUCCAAACGAAGCCGAGAGCUACUCCUCGUCUACGAGUACAUAUCCAACGGCACAGUAGCCGACCACCUCCACGGAAAACGGGCCAAAUCGGGCCUUCUAUCUUGGCCCAUUCGUUUGAAAAUCGCCAUAGAAACAGCCGAAGCACUUUCCUUCCUCCACAAAUCGGACACAAUCCACCGAGACGUGAAAACCACCAACAUUCUUUUAGACAACAAUUUUCACGUUAAGGUUGCGGAUUUCGGGCUGUCGCGUUUGUUCCCGAAUGACGUCACCCAUGUUUCAACUGCCCCACAAGGCACACCUGGCUAUGUGGACCCCGAGUACUACCAAUGCUACAAACUCACCGAAAAAAGCGACGUUUACAGCUUCGGAGUUGUAUUAAUCGAGCUUAUAUCUUCGCUUAGAGCUGUGGAUACCGAAAGGCACAGGCACGAUAUUAAUUUGGCCAAUAUGGCGGUUAAUAAGAUUCAGAAUCAGACUCUGCAUGAAUUGGUCGAUAAAAGCCUUGGGUUCGAGAAAAACGGUGAUUUGAGGAGGAUGGUUACUUUGGUGUCGGAAUUGGCAUUUCGGUGCUUGCAGCAGGAGAGAGAAAUGAGGCCCUCGAUGGUGGAAGUUUUGGAGGGUUUGAAGGGGAUUGAAAACGAGGAUUUGAACGCGCGUAAAGUCGAGAUUGUUGAUAUGUCAAUGGAUGAUGAUGCUGGUUUGCUGAAUGGGUUCGCUACUCCCACCUCACCGGAUUAGGGUUCUCGUCGACAAGUGGGCCCCGCGCCUUAUUCUAUUUGUUGAACUAGGGUUUCGGGUGCUUUAGCGUUUAGCGUUACGAAUAUGUGUGUGUGCUUGAAAUGCACAGUGUAUGUACCCUCUUGUUUGUUUGGCACAUUUUUCUUGUGUCUCAAAUGUAAAAAAAAAAAUUAUUGAUUUUUGGCGACUUUGAAACAAAUUAUAUAUGACGGGUUUUACUCGA